UUGUGUGUGCGUGCGCGCGCGCGGGGCGUGUGUAGUGUGCGAGGUAGAAGAAGAAGGCGACGACGUCGUGCACACACGCUGCCUCACAAAAAAAAAAAAAAGAAGCGAAUAUCGUACAAAUUGACGGAAAGAACGCCGUUACCUGGAGGAAGCGGCGUCCAGCAAGUAUUGAUUGAUUGGCGGACCCAGGCUGGACUUUUUUUUCUGGCGGCAACUUACUGGGGGCCAGCUCUGGAUUAUUCUAUAAAGUAACUUUUAUUUAGUUAGCUAAGCUGUUAGCUAGCUGAAUAGAAAAAAGUUUUUGCUGUCCACGAUGUCUGGGAGCGAGGAUGACAGAGAUGAUUACGGCGCGGAAGACCGGUUAAUGCACGAUGACGAAGAAGAGAUUUCCGAGAAUGAGACUCCAAAGGUAAAGAAGAAGAAAAAGGCCAAGAAGAGUCGUGAGAGUAAAAGCAGCAAGCGACGUUCGCGCAGAGAGGAACUCCCCAUCAGCUCGCCGGAGCACAUGGACGUGGGCAGGGCCGAGGCGCCGGAGGACGGCAGCCAUGCUCAGCGCUCGGACAGCGAGGGCAGCGACUACACUCCAGGUCGCAAGAAAAAGAAGCGUGCCACUAGCAGUAAGGACAAGAAACGCAGCGGUGCCGAACGUAGCUCCAAGAAAAAGGAGCCCGAGCCAGAGGAGGACGAUGACGACGACGAUGACGACUUCUCGGAGCCAAAGUCGUCCUCCCAGCUGCUGGAUGACUGGGGCAUGGAGGACAUCGAUCACGUUUUCUCAGAAGAGGACUACCGUUCUCUGACAAACUACAAGGCCUUCAGUCAGUUUGUCAGGCCUCUCAUCGCAGCCAAGAACCCCAAAAUCGCAGUGUCUAAGAUGAUGAUGGUUCUGGGAGCAAAGUGGCGGGAGUUUAGCACCAACAACCCUCUGAGGGGAGCGGCUGCCGCCAACGCUGCUCUGGCCACAGCAAAUGUACCAGCUGCUGUUGACAAUAUGGUGGCAGAGGCUGCACCGCCCCCCGCGCCAGUUCCAGCCCCAGUAGAACCCCAGCCGCCCCCCGCGCCUCCUCUCCGCAAGGCCAAGACCAAGGAAGGCAAAGGUCCUAACGCCCGCAAAAAGUCUAAGGCUGCAUCUAAACCUCCAGAGAAAAAAAACAACGCAAAGACCAAGAAAGUGGCUCCGCUGAAAAUCAAACUCGGAGGCUUCAAUAGCAAGAGGAAACGCUCAUCGAGCGAAGAGGACGAGCCCGACGUGGACAGCGACUUUGAGGACGGCAGCAUGAACAGCAUCUCCGUCUCAGAAGGCUCCAACAGCCGCAGCAGUCGCAGCAAAAAGAAGCCUUCGUCCAAGGCCAAACCCAAGAGGAAGAAAGAAGCUGAGGACGGGGACGGAUACGAGACAGACCAUCAGGAUUACUGCGAGGUGUGUCAGCAGGGUGGCGAGAUCAUUCUGUGCGACACGUGUCCUAGAGCUUACCACAUGGUCUGUCUGGACCCUGACAUGGAGAAAGCUCCCGAGGGUACCUGGAGCUGCCCGCACUGUGAGAAAGAGGGCAUCCAGUGGGAGGCGAGGGAGGAACCCUCGGAAGGCGAGGAGGACAUCGGGGAUGCCGGAGAGAUGGAAGAAGAUGACCACCAUAUGGAGUUCUGCCGGGUGUGCAAGGACGGAGGAGAGCUGCUAUGCUGCGACUCGUGCCCGUCGUCCUACCACAUCCAUUGCCUCAACCCGCCUCUCCCUGAGAUCCCCAAUGGAGAAUGGAUCUGUCCCCGCUGCCUGUCUGCUCCAAUGAAGGGAAAGGUCCAGAAGAUCUUGACAUGGCAGUGGGGCGAGCCUCCUCCCCCGACACCUGUGCCCCGCCCACCAGACCUCGCGGCUGACGCACCCGACCCCGCCCCGCUGGCAGGGCGACCGGAGCGAGAGUUCUUUGCCAAAUGGUCCAACAUGUCAUACUGGCACUGCUCUUGGGUCACUGAACUGCAGCUGGAACUCCACUGUCAGGUGAUGUUCAGGAACUACCAGAGAAAGAACGACAUGGACGAGCCACCUCCCAUUGACUUUGGUGAUGGUGAGGAAGACAAGAGUGUCAAGAGGAAGAACAAGGAUCCCAUGUACGCAAAGCUGGAGGAGAAGUACCUCCGGUUUGGAAUAAAGAUGGAGUGGCUGAUGAUCCACCGCAUCCUGAACCACAGCGUGGACCGAAAAAAUAACGUGCACUACCUGAUUAAGUGGCGUGAGCUGGCGUACGACCAGGCCACCUGGGAAGCGGAUGACAUGGACGUUCCUGAGUUUGACACCUACAAAGUGCAGUAUUGGAACCACAGAGAGCUGAUGAUGGGUGAUGACGGGAAACCUGGGAAGAAGAUCAAGGUCAAAGGUCGUGUGAAGCGUCCAGACAGACCUCCAGAGAACCCCGUGGUUGAUCCCACCAUCAAGUUUGAACGUCAGCCAGAGUACUUAGACACCACGGGGGGAACGCUGCACCCCUACCAGCUGGAGGGGCUCAACUGGCUGCGCUUCUCCUGGGCUCAGGGUACCGACACCAUCUUGGCUGACGAAAUGGGCUUGGGCAAGACGGUCCAGACCGCCGUCUUCCUCUACUCACUGUAUAAAGAGGGUCACUCCAAGGGUCCAUUCCUCGUCAGCGCUCCGCUCUCCACUAUCAUCAACUGGGAGAGAGAGUUUGAGAUGUGGGCGCCGGAUAUAUAUGUGGUGACGUACGUGGGCGACAAGGACAGCAGGGCCGUCAUCAGAGAGAACGAGUUCUCCUUUGAGGACAACGCCAUCCGAGGAGGGAAGAAAGUCUUUAAGAUGAAGAAAGACUCUUCUAUAAAGUUCCAUGUGCUGCUGACGUCCUACGAGCUGAUCACCAUCGACAUGGCCAUCUUGGGCUCUAUUGACUGGGCCUGUUUGGUGGUAGAUGAAGCUCACAGGCUAAAAAACAACCAGUCCAAGUUUUUCCGGAUCUUGAACAAUUACCCUCUGCAGCACAAGCUGCUUCUCACUGGAACUCCGCUGCAAAACAACUUGGAGGAACUUUUCCAUCUGCUCAACUUCCUCACGCCAGAGAGGUUCAGCAACCUGGAGGGCUUCCUGGAGGAAUUUGCAGACAUUGCCAAAGAGGACCAGAUCAAGAAGUUACACGACAUGUUGGGUCCGCACAUGCUCAGGAGGCUGAAGGCCGAUGUGUUUAAGCACAUGCCCUCCAAGACGGAGCUCAUUGUCAGGGUAGAGCUCAGCCCCCUUCAGAAGAAAUACUACAAAUUCAUUCUGACCAGGAACUUUGAUGCUCUGAACACCAAAGGGGGGGGGAACCAAGUCUCGCUACUCAACGUUGUCAUGGACCUCAAAAAGUGCUGCAACCACCCCUUCCUCUUCCCUGGCGCAGCAAUGGAAGCUCCAAAACUGCCUAACGGAAUGUAUGACGGAAGCUCCCUCAUAAAGGGGGCUGGGAAGCUGAUGUUGCUACAGAAGAUGAUGAGGAAGCUGAAGGACGGAGGACACAGAGUGCUAAUCUUCUCUCAGAUGACCAAGAUGUUGGACCUGCUGGAGGACUUUCUGGAGAAUGAGGGCUACAAGUAUGAGCGCAUCGACGGAAGCAUCACAGGAGGGAUGAGACAGGAGUCCAUCGAUCGCUUCAACGCUCCUGGCGCUCCGCAGUUUGCCUUCCUGCUGUCGACAAGAGCCGGAGGUCUGGGAAUCAACCUGGCCACUGCCGACACUGUCGUCAUCUAUGACUCGGACUGGAAUCCUCACAAUGACAUCCAGGCCUUCAGCAGAGCUCAUCGAAUUGGUCAGAACAGAAAAGUGAUGAUCUACCGCUUUGUCACCAAGGCGUCAGUAGAGGAGAGGAUCACACAGGUUGCUAAGAAGAAGAUGAUGCUGACCCACCUGGUCGUCCGGCCUGGCCUCGGAUCCAAGACGGGCUCCAUGUCAAAGCAGGAACUGGAUGACAUUCUCAAGUUUGGAACAGAGGAGCUCUUCAAAGAUGAGGGAGAGGGUGAGAACAAGGAGGAUGACAGCAGCGUCAUCCACUACGACGACAAGGCCAUCGACCGCCUGCUGGACAGAAACCAGGACGGCACAGACGACACAGAGCUGCAGAGCAUGAACGAGUACCUGAGCUCCUUCAAGGUGGCGCAGUAUGUGGUCAAAGACGAGGAAGAGGAGGAGGAAGAGGUGCAGCGUGAGAUUAUCAAGCAGGAGGAGAGUGUUGACCCCGACUACUGGGAGAAGCUUCUGCGUCACCAUUACGAGCAGCAGCAGGAGGACUUGGCUCGCAACCUGGGCAAGGGCAAGCGCAUCCGCAAGCAGGUCAACUACAACGACGGCUCGCAGGAGGACAGAGCCGAUUGGCAGGAUGACCAGUCUGACGGCCAAUCGGAUUACUCCGUGGCCUCCGAGGAAGGAGAUGAGGACUUUGAUGAGCGAACAGAAGCCAACUCACGCAGGCCCAACAGGAAGGGCCUGAGGAACGAGCGAGACAAGCCGUUGCCCCCCCUGCUGGCCAGGGUGGGAGGCAACAUCGAGGUGCUGGGUUUCAACUCUCGGCAGAGGAAGGCCUUCUUAAAUGCUGUGAUGCGUUAUGGCAUGCCCCCACAAGACGCAUUCACCACCCAGUGGUUGGUCCGAGACCUCCGAGGCAAAUCGGAGAAAGAGUUCAAGGCCUACGUUUCUCUGUUCAUGCGCCACCUUUGCGAGCCCGGGGCUGAUGGCGCAGAGACCUUUGCAGACGGCGUUCCCAGGGAAGGGUUGUCACGGCAACACGUCCUUACCCGCAUCGGCGUAAUGUCGCUUAUCCGUAAGAAGGUUCAGGAGUUUGAACACGUCAACGGCCAGUGGUCCAUGCCCUGGAUGGCCGAGCUAGAGGAGAACAAGCGAGCCGCUCAACCCAGCUCGCCGGGAAAAACGCCAUCCACGGGAACCCCUGCUGACACCCAACCCAACACGCCCGCUACAGUGGACGAGUCAAAGAGCGAUGAGGCAGUCAAGGAUGGAGAGAAAGACACAAAGAAAGACAAUGAGGCGGACAAAAACGGCCAAGACACCACAAAGACCGCCAGUGAGGUAAUCUCCAUCCCAGAUGACAAUGAUAAGAGUUCGUCUGAGGAAAAGAAGAACGGGGAGGAGCCUAUGGAGGUCGACAAGGCAACCAAUGGAGAAGCAGAGAGCGGGAAGGACGGCGAGAGCGAGAAGAAGAGUCCGGAGGGAGGAGAGGACUCUGCGUCUCCCUCAGAAGCCAAAAUUGAGGGGGUGGAGUCUAAAAGUCAAGACGCUGAAGUUAAUGAAGAAAAGACAGAGAAAAUGGACACUGCUUCUCCCGCAGACGACAAGAAAGACGCAAAGGAAGAGAAGGAAACUCUAAAGCCGGAGGAGGCCACCAAAUUGCAGAAUGGCGACAGCAGCAAGGAGAGCGGAACCUCAGCCAGCACUGCUGUUGUCACUGCUGCCACUGCUGCAGCAAUCGAGGAGAAGAAGAAGGCAAAGACCCGCUUCAUGUUUAACAUUGCGGACGGAGGCUUCACAGAGCUUCACUCCUUGUGGCAGAACGAGGAGCGCGCUGCCACGGUGACCAAGAAAACGAAUGAGAUCUGGCACCGUCGCCAUGACUACUGGCUGCUGGCCGGCAUCAUUCAACACGGUUACGCUCGCUGGCAGGACAUCCAGAACGACGUCAAGUUCGCCAUCCUCAACGAGCCUUUUAAAGGAGAGAUGAACCGAGGAAACUUCUUGGAAAUCAAGAACAAGUUCCUGGCCAGGAGGUUUAAGCUCUUAGAGCAGGCACUGGUGAUCGAGGAGCAGCUGCGUCGCGCCGCCUACCUCAACAUGUCUGAGGACCCCUCCCACCCCUCCAUGGCGCUCAACACCCGCUUCAGCGAGGUGGAGUGUUUGGCGGAGUCCCACCAACACCUCAGCAAGGAAUCCAUGUCAGGGAACAAACCGGCCAACGCCGUCCUGCACAAAGUGCUGAAGCAGCUGGAGGAGCUGCUGAGCGACAUGAAGGCGGACGUCACCCGCCUCCCGGCAACCAUCGCCCGGAUACCGCCGGUCGCCGUGCGUCUGCAGAUGUCUGAGAGGAACAUCCUGAGCCGCCUGGCGAGCCGAGGGCCCGAGACCCAGACCCAAACGCAGGCACAGACGCAACAGAUGUCACAGCAGUAGACUGAAGCUCAGCUCUUUACCUCAAAGAAAACCUGCCCCCGCCUCACCUUGACAUUCCUCAUUGAUGGACAUUGCGCCCAAGCUUGAAGCCACGCUCAACUCUCACCUAGCCCCGCCCCCCCAUACAGACUUUUGUGGAAGAUGGAAUUUCUUCCUGACUCCGUGUUUAAGGUUGGGGACAGAAAGCUAUUUUAUUUUUUUCCCUCUUUUUUUUUUUUUCAACUUCUGUAUUAAUAUUAUUGAUAUAAUGUUAUUAUGAUGGUUUUUUGGGACCUAAAUAAAAAAAAAAAAUAAAAGCUGUUUAUUUUG